CUCCUCAUGUCGUCAUCUACUGGUGGCACGCCGGGGAUAGCUGGUGGGUUGAAGAGGCUGGCGGAGUUCAAUAAAGCUCUUACAGCAUUACCAGCGAAAGCAUCAGAGAAACAGAUACAGGACAUGUGUGCCUUGGCGAUGGAGAUGCCGGAUGAAGCGUACGAUGUCGUCUUAGCCAUCACUAACGAUAUUAAGAACGUCGGCAACAGGGCGGGUGCGGCUCAACAACAGCGGAUCAAAACGGUGAUCUCCCUCGUGGAUACUCUUUUGAAGGCAAAACCUCCUGGAGGGCGUUCGAAUAAGGGAAGCUCAUCUGUGGACAACAGCUAUAGGAUAUACAUAUUGAAGAGCAUUGAUGAUAUCUUUGUAGCAGCACUGAAGAGAGCAGAUCAAUCGACCCACUCUUGGUUGGAACGUGUAUUGGAGAGGUGGAAGGAGCAGGGCAAUGCUCUUCUGCCCGAGAGGAUACUCAAUAGAUUGACGGCAAUGCACGGUAACGUUAAACCCCAAGUUAAAUCGAUCCUUAAGGGCUCUGGAGGGGGCUCGUCUACACAUCCUUCCUCCAAUCGGUCAUCAUCAUCAUCGGCAGCAACAACAGGAAAGGAGGGCAAACCUUUCGCCAAGGAGAUUGCUUUGGCCGAGAGGGAAUUGGACCUCAUUGGUAUGAUCCAGUCUAAGAGCUUUAAGAACUCCAAGGACAGGAAGGAUGCUAUGAAAAUCCACGAAGUUCGUUUAGCUGCGACUCGUUUGAAAGAAGGCAAACGUAAAGAGGCAUCGAAGACCCUCUCUGAUGCUAAGAAAAAAUAUGCUCAUAUGGUGGAGGUGUGGAAGAAUAAACAGGCCGAGGCGAUGAAGGCUAACGAGGCAGCAGCAGCUACCUCGUCAUCAUCCCUUACUGAGGAGGAGGAGGAGGUUGUAGACACGGCAAUGGAGGAAAUACCAGAAUCUACAACUGAGGUCGCCGGUAGCACCAGCAGUGAUGAAGGUGGUGAUCAUCGUGAAGUAGGGCAUGAGGAAGGGAAGGUGGCAGAAACGAGGAAGUUGGCAGCAGCUGCGGCGGCUAGUGGGAAGAAGAAUCAGGGGUUAAGUCAAAAGGCUCUGGCUCAUAUUCAAGUACCCCAUAAAUUUCGACUGCUGCACUCGAUGGGCGAUCCAUCGACCUCAGGGUUACUCGAUCUUUACUUCAACAUGCCUGUCCAGUGUGGAACUUGUGCUCUUCGAUUUGCCAUACGACAGGAUCUUCUUGAUCAUCAUGAUGCACACUACUUGAAGACAACUAUGCUGCAGAGACGAGUGAAGCAGGUGGAACAGGAAUACCGAGGAUGGAAUGAGGCUGUGAACGAUUGGUUCGAUAAUAAGGGGACGCCAAUGCUUGGCAGAGACAUAUGUAAGAGUUUGAUCGAUGCAGCAACGAAGGCUGCUGCUGCUGCUGAGGGUGGGGAGGAUACCGCCUCUACGGCGGCUACUGAGACCAAGUCUAGUGAGGGGCAAGUGAAGGAGGAGGAGGAGGUCGAGAACAAGAACGGUGAUGCCAACUCUCGACGAGGGUUUGUUAGUGAUGCUGUUCGACUGGAGGAGAUGCUAUGGCAUGCAUCGCCUUAUGACCCAGUGAAGACUAAGUGUUUGGAAUGCGGGGAUGAGCUCGAGGAGGAGUGGGCCGACGAGCCCGUGGAUAUGCCCGUCUUCAAAGACACCGUGGUCGUCCCUGUCGGUUCCUCGGUACCUGUUCACUUUCUAUGGCCGGGUAUGGCCUCUGAGGAUGGAAUCGAGAGUAAGGAUAAGAAGACUGCUGCUGCUGCCGCUGAGGGAGAUCCACAGCCCCUCACGGUGGAUGCUGCUAUGGCGAGCGCUAGAGAUGACUACCGUAUGCAUAAUACGUUGUAUUUCCAUCGUGGCUGUUGGAUCGGCAAUCCACUGUUGAGGGAGAGGGAGUAUCAGAAAAAAUUGUUGCUGGUGGAGGCCCAUCAGCCGUUAUCGAGCUUGGCUGAUGCGGAGGAGGAGAAGGCAACGAUGAUGGAAUUGGAUGGUGGUGUUGAAGUAGAGGGAGUUGCCAACACGAGGAUCAUCGUCGAGGAGGGUGUUGAAGCACCAGAGGGAGGAGGAGCUACUGAGGAGCAGAAGGCACUCGAGAUGCGACGUUCUCAACUUGCCACACAUGGCAGACGAAAGCGCUUCUAG